GAUGCGUGUGAAGAAGCUGCCUAUGAUCCUGGCUCUACACCUGAAGAGGUUUAAGUACAUGGAGCAGCUGCAGCGUUACACCAAGCUGUCCUAUCGCGUCGUCUUCCCUCUGGAGCUCCGCCUCUUCAACACCUCAGGAGACGCAACCAAUCCUGAGAGACUCUACGACCUGGUCGCUGUCGUGGUGCAUUGUGGAGGUCAGUAUUGUGUCUACAAGGUUGUCUUAAAGUAUCCAAACUGACCAUAAAGAGUGUGAGUGUGUCCAUGACUGCAUUGUCUUGUUUUCAAUGGCCCAAACCGAGGACACUACAUCGCCAUUGUGAAGAGUCAUGACUUCUGGCUGCUGUUUGAUGACGACAUUGUAG